GAAAAGUGACGGGGUCAUUCCAGAAUAUGACAAACCUCUCAAUUGAUUUUUCGCCUCCUCGCAAAACUAAGAGCAACCCAACUGAAGCCGUAGCAUUACAGAGAAAAUAAGUGAGAAGCGAACUUGAAAAUGGCGAGCAAUCUCGCAAACAGAGCAGUAACGGAUCGAACCAUAAAACUAUGGAGGCUCACAUCGAGCUUCCUCAGAAACUUCAGCACUGCUUCCGAAAACCCUACUGCUGCUGCUGCUGCAUCUCCUUCUUCUUCGGCUUCGAAGAAACCCAAGCGCAAGAAGAAGAAGAACCUGUUUGAGGUGGCUCAGUUUUUGCCCAACUGGGGAUUAGGGUAUCAAAUGGCUAAGACUCACUGGGUCGGCGUCUCUUACCAGAUCACCAAAAUCAAUCUUUACAAGGACGGUAGACAUGGCAAAGCAUGGGGCAUCGUUCAUAAGGAAGGCUUGCCAGCUGCAGAUGCUCCAAAGAAAAUAAGUGGAGUCCACAAGCGUGGUUGGAGGUACAUUCCAAACUCAAAGUCGCCUGAAAGUGUUCCAAGUGUGACUAAACCUACAGAAAGUGCUCCAGCAGCUGAAGUUCAAGCAGCUUGAUGCGUUUCCUCCAUUUUUUGGGAAGAUGUAGUCUGAUCUGUCAUACUAGGAUGUUCUUUUUGAGUUAAUUGGUUGUAUCCUCCAUCGUUAUAACUUUUGGUUAGAUAUGGUAAAUUUUUUUUUUCUUUCUUCAGUUUAGUAUAUUUGACGCUCCACUGUAACAUCCUUCCUUGUGCAUUGAAGCUAGAAUAAGCUUACAGCAAUGCGAAUUGGAAAUGUUUUUUCAGAAAGAAGGAUUGAGCACAUUCGUGUUUGUUUUUUAUUUAUCAAUAUUUUUAACGUUGGCUCUGGUGCCUGGUUCUGUUUCUUCUUA